ACUACCUGAAAUAUGUCAAUCUUGGAAUAUAAUGGUGGGUCAGUCAUUGCCAUGAAAGGCAAAGACUGUGUUGCCAUUGCUUCUGAUCUUAGAUUCGGUGUUCAAGCUCAAACUAUCCACAUGGACUUUGAAAAAGUCUUUCCAAUGGGAGAUAGAUUAUUUAUCGGGCUUGCUGGCCUCGCUACUGAUGUGCAAACGGUCUCACAGAGGCUUAAUUUUAGAAGAAAGUUGUACGAAUUACGUGAAAACCGUUCCAUAACUCCAAAAACUUUCAUGAGCAUGGUUUCAAAUUUGUUGUACGAGCGACGAUUUGGUCCGUAUUUCGUAGAACCAGUUAUCGCUGGACUUAAUCCAAAAACGUACGAACCUUUCAUUUGUUCGCUGGACGUCAUAGGUUGCCCAAUGGAACCAGAAGAUUUUGUCGUGAGCGGCACAAGUUCUGAGCAAAUGUAUGGUAUGUGUGAAGCACUUUGGCAACCUGAUAUGGAUGCAGAUCAACUAUUUGAAUGUAUAUCACAAUCCUUGUUGAAUGCUGUCGAUAGAGAUGCAUGUUCUGGGUGGGGAGCUGUCGUGCAUAUCAUUGAAAAGGGAAAGAUCACCACAAGAAAGUUGAAAGCAAGAAUGGAUUGAUUUCACAUUAGGGAAAUUUACUUGACUUCAUUACAUCACUGUCAUGUGAUAGACAAUGUGUUACAAGGCAGCCCAAUAUCUACUUUGUUAUUUUUUACUUUCAUGGGCUGUUGAACUGGAUGGAAAGAUAGUAGAGGACAUUCCCUCUCUCUCAGACUUGAAUAUGGUUCCAAAUUUCUCCUUUCCAUCAAAAAUCACUAUCUAAAUUAACAGUUCAUGAAAUACAACACAGACAAGUUCGAAAUAAGUCAUUUUUAUUGCAAUACAGUGCUGAGAGUAGUAAA